CCUUUUUUAGGAUGAGAAAAUCAAAUUAAAAUUCCCGCACUCCACUAUACUCUCCCACUUUCACUCUACUGUUGAAACCUCGCAUCAGGAAAAGCAGCACAAAAGCCUAAAAAAUGCUGCACGAAAUUCUACUAGCAUUACUAGGUUAUACUGGCGAUCUUAUCAUCGACGAAAGAGCAAACCGAAAUUCCCUUGGAAUUCUCUCUUCUGAUUCCCCCAUUUUCGAUUCUCCUACAUUCAAGCUUGCUCCUGACCUCUCUUUCAUCGCUUCUAGUGACCGGGAUGUGAUUGAGAGAAUUAUUACCCUAGGGUUUUACUACAGGGAGUUGGAUCGGUUUGCUACGAAAUCGAGGAAUUUGAGCUGGAUAAGAUCAGCGAGCUUGAAUGUGUCGCUAUUGGAAAGGAGCGAAGAGAUUUCGAAACGUAAGAGUGAGAGUGAAAGUGUGUAUAGGCGUGCAAUUGCUAAUGGAAUUGUUGAAAUUCUUUCUGUUUAUCGAUCGGCGGUCUUGCAAAUUGAACAGAAGUUAUUGGCGGAUCCUCUUCCUAUUUUGGCCACUGUGACGCAGGGGCUCAAUAAGUUUUUUGUUCUUUUGCCUCCUUUAUAUGAACUUAUCUUAGAGAUAGAGCACGAUGAUAUCCGUGGAGGCAAACUUCUCAAUCUGUUGCAUAAAAGAUGUCAUUGUGGGGUGCCAGAACUUCAAACUUGCCUUCAGAGGCUGCUUUGGCAUGGUCACCAAGUGAUGUUCAACCAACUUGCGUCUUGGAUGGUUUAUGGCAUUCUUCAAGAUUCCUAUGGAGAAUUUUUCAUCAAAAGUCAAGAAGAUAGGGAGCAUGAGAAAGAUUCUUCAAAUCCAGAAGUGAUACGCAAAAUGACACGCUUAACUAUAGAAGAUUCAUCACUAGCUGAUUGGCACUUAGGUUUUCAUAUAUCUUUGGAUAUGCUUCCUGAAUAUAUCCACAUGCGUGUUGCAGAGUCCAUUCUAUUUGCUGGAAAAGCUGUUAGGGUGCUUCGGAAUCCCAGCCCUGGAUUUGCACAAGAUUUAUUGUACCACCACCAAAUUCCCAGGGAAUCUUACGUUAUUCAAGGAUUUGCUGAUCGCUUUUCUUUUCGAAAGGACUCCCUUGCAGAUUCAGAAUUUACUGAAGAAGAGUUACUGCCACAAGCUGAGGCAGACAAAAUUGAAGCAAUGCUUCAGGAUCUAAAGGAAUCAACUGAAUUUCACAAAAGGUCAUUCGAGUAUGCUGUUGAUUCCAUUCGAGCAAUUGCAGCCAGUCAUCUUUGGCAGCUUGUGGUUGUUCGUGCUGAUCUGAAUGGCCAUUUGAAGGCCCUUAAAGACUACUUUCUGUUGGCCAAGGGAGAUUUCUUCCAGUGCUUUUUGGAAGAGAGUCGUCAGUUAAUGCGUUUACCACCUCGUCAAUCAACUGCUGAAGCGGAUCUAAUGGUGCCAUUUCAGUUGGCUGCAGUGAAGACAAUCAGUGAAGAAGAUAAAUACUUCUCUGGAGUAUCAUUGCGGAUGCCUGCAAUUGGAGUUUCUGUAAAAUCAACACAAUUUGAUGUAUCUAAAUCAAAAGCUUACACCAGUGGAAGUUCUGGUGCUGCCUCAUCAAAUAUUACAGGGGAUGUGGAUGGCUGGGAUGGUAUAACGCUUGAAUAUUCUAUUGAUUGGCCCCUGCAAUUGUUUUUCUCACAAGAAGUGCUGUCCAAGUAUUGCCGUGUAUUCCAGUAUCUGUUACGGCUUAAAAGAACACAAAUGGAAUUGGAGAAGUCGUGGGCUUCAGUGAUGCAUCAAGAUCACAGUGAUUUUGCCAACCGUCGCAAAGAACGUAUGAAGUGCCCAACAUCUCAGCAGAGGCGGCAACGCUUUAGACCUAUGUGGAGGGUUAGAGAACACAUGGCCUUUCUGAUAAGGAAUCUUCAGUUUUAUAUCCAGGUGGAUGUUAUAGAAUCACAAUGGAAUAUUCUACAAUCUCAUAUCCAAGAUUCACGUGAUUUUACUGAGCUUGUGAAUUUCCAUCAGGAGUAUUUGGCAGCCUUGAUUUCUCAGUCGUUCUUGGACAUUGGCUCUGUAUCUAGGAUAUUGGACAGUAUUAUGAAGCUUUGUCUGCAGUUUUGCUGGAGCAUUGAAAACCAAGAAAGCCCAAAUCCAGCCGAGUUGGAUCACAUAACUGAGGAAUUUAACAAAAAAUCAAACUCCUUGUACACUAUAUUGCGCAGCAGCCGACUUGCUGGGAGUCAGAGAGCUCCAUUUUUGCGGCGUUUCCUUUUGCGUCUCAAUUUCAAUUCAUUUUUUGAGGCAACUGCUAGAGGUGUUCUGAAUGUUGUCAGGCCACGCCCAUCUCUUCCGGUUUUGCAACAAUAAGCUUAUGAAUGGUGUUUUUGUUGUCAGUAAGUCUGAGAUGGAUCAAUGCUGUGUUGGAUCUUCCACCGUAUAUAUUUCCUUCUUUUUUAGUCGGUGUGAAUCCUUUUACCGUUGGCACUCAAAAUAUUGUGCAAUGCUUCUCCAUUAUCUAUAGCAUUGUUGUAUACUCCCCCAUCCCUUUGAACUCGCAACAAGUACAAAUUGUUGCUAUUUGUGGGUUUGUGUUGGAAGGAAUAAGACUAUCAAUAUGUCAAUGAAAAUUGAUGAGGAUUGAGGAGUGUUAGGUAGCUUUAAGACUAGAAAUGUAGCAAAGUCGGUGGGACAAACCAAAAAAGAAAAAUGUUGCUAAUUUAAGGAAUAGAUAGAGAAUUUUUAUUCUGAUAUUUAGCUAUACUAGAUUUCGUGCAGGCUUGUUCUUUUGGCUAGUUGGUGUAUGUGGUGACACAUUUCAGUUUUCAUGUAAGUUAAGACUUGUGAUAUUUUCUUCAUCUAAAUAUAUAGAAUUGUGUGCCCAUGGAGUGUUUUUAAAGCUGAAGUAAUCAGUUUUUAGGUAUCUGGACUAGAUGGCUGAUGAUCACCUAUGACUUUGUGUAUUUGUAUGCAAUGUUACCCUUGUAAAAACAAAUAAUUUUUAUUUGUUUUCAAUUAAU